GGUAAUUUUCUUAGUUAUACAUAAUGGAUUACCUUAUGUAUUGCUCUCAUUACACCAGAAAUCAUCGUUUCAUUUGUCUAUAAUAUAAUUUGACAGCCGAAAUGUGCGUCCGAAUACGCGGCACUUUUGUAAUCCGAAGUAUUCCGAGUGAGAAAAUGGCUGUCUAGCGACGUUUACAUACUGUUGUAAGAAUAAUCAGGUUAUUUACACACUGUUCGCAAGCAUGACAGCUGCCGUUGCCAGAAAAGGAACAUUUGUUCUUUCAGACCCAGAACCUGCAAGGGAGUCUGGCUUAGACAAGCAAAAUGUGAUGCGCCUAAGAAUCAACCGAAUAGCUCUGGUCCAAGAGCUGAGGGUGGAACAUGUGAUGGGUCAUCUUAUUCAAAUGAUGGUGCUCUCUGAAGAUGAUGUGAGGAAAAUCAAUGCUGGUUCCACUCCACCGGACAAGGCUAGAAUAUUGGUGGACCUUCUUCCCGGUAAAGGUCAGCGUAUAGACUGGUACAGAGCAUUCAGAGAUGCAUUACAAAACCCUGAAGCAAAUCAGGAGAUCAGGAAGAGAUACAAGCUGCUAGUUGAUUUCCUGGACAACACUGUCAUUCACCGACCAACCUCACAGCAGACAAAGUUUUCAGAGCAGCUGGGAAACAUGAAGGGCUCGGUAAAGUUUCCCAGAUUUCAGCCUCUUCCUUCAAUCAGUGCAGAGAGUCAAGCACAGAAUGUGCUGAUUUUGGAUGAUGGAGGAAAACAAGAAGAUAAAGAGGACAAUAUUUUAAGGGAGGUGGAGGAAAAGGAGGUGAGAUUCCCAGUGUGGAGUGGUCAGUUUGAGAAGACCAAUGACUCUGUCACAUUAGUCAAGGGAUACUUCCAGCAGUGGAUACCCACUCCAGAUAACUUCCGAUCACUCCUUGUGAUUCCUGAAGAGCACUUACACAAUCUGGGAAAGUCCGAAGACCCAGCGGAUCGGGAACAGAUGGAACAGGAAACCAAGGCACUGAAACUCAUCAAGAAGCUUGAAAUUGUUACUGUAUUGGCGAGAAGGAAAAUGCUGCCCACUGGCUUUGAACUGUGCAUGUGUGAUAUUGUUCAGGAAAUAUUCAGGGAGCCGCAAUAUUACCACCUGUAUUUCAAAUAUCUGAAAUCUUUGGAGGCAAAUGAUGUGAAUCUCUUGCAAGACAUUGUAACUUCAUUUUACUCAGUUUUGAAAAGCAAUAGCAAACAAGCUAGGAACUCCGACAGUGUUAAACACUUCACAUCCCUCGCAUUCUCUCUCGUAGACUUUAUGACUGAGUAUGGCUAUUACACAGAUGCAGAAAAAGUGAUGUCAGUGUUAAUGCAAUUCCUAAGUGAGUCACACCAUCUAGACAUCUGGAUGACAAAAUACCAGGGCAACGUGAAACUGAUGCAUCUCCGUAAUCGCAACUACAAUUUCCUGUCCGCGAGCCAGGCUCACCAGUACGCUGUUGAGAUGACGUGGCAGAUCAAGUUGAUGUCGUUCGGACAGGAUAUUCUGAAUGAGGGGGAGAUUCAGAAUGAGCUAAGCCACAUGCUGCUGGAGCUAGGAUCCAUCAACCCUGCAUACAGCUGGUCACUGACUGCACUCAAGACUGUUAAUGAGGAUGAGAGUCGUGUCGUGGUAAACACGCUGUGUAAUGCUGUCAUGUCACACUGCGCACGCUGGCAGGUGAAGAAGGCGGAGAAACUUGCUGUAUAUGCAGUACAGUUUGCAAAGAAGCGGUUUGGUAAGAGGAACCCCCUGUACCUGAAGGCCCUGCUUCAUCUCUGCCACUACUCCACAGAGUUCAGACAGGAUGAGGCUGGCCUAAGCCUUGCCAUGUACACAUUGUCCACUGCCAAAAAGAUAUACUGCUGUGAUACCAUCGAGCUAGCACUUGCUCACCGAGCCACUAGCAAGGCACUCAUGGUUGUUCAGAAGUUUGACACAGAAAAGUACUUUUAUCAUGCAUAUGAGGGUCUGCGCAUCGCCAAGAGGAUCCUAACUGAAGAUCACCCCAUGUUGUACUUAUUCCUUCAUACAUCUGCCUCCGCCCUGCAGUGGAAGGCAUUCCACGCCAACAAGGAGACCCAGGACACUACCCUACAGCUGGCAGAGGCAGAGGCUCGUAAGGCACUAGAACUGGUCCUCACGCACUACGGGGAGGUCAGUCUACGUACAGCACAGGUGUACUCCCUCCUCGGACAGGUCUACUCCAAGAUGGACAGAGACACUAAGCCAGAUAGUACAAAACACCCACUUCAGCUAGCGGAAGACAUGAUGCAGACGAGUGUUGCUCUGAUGAAGCUGUGUCAGCCAUCAACGAGCUACUUCCGGCUACUUGCAGCUGCGACGCUUGGCACGUUCUACAAGAUUACAGAGAAACCAAAGGAGUGCAUUAUGAUCCUGCAGCAUGUUGUGGAUCAUAUAGCUAACAUGAAUUAUACACCAGACUCGCCGAAGAUGUACAUGAAGUGGGUGCACACAUGUUUUGAGAAUCUUAUCCACACAUUGCAGUCCCUCAACAUGAACAAACAGGUUGAUGCCGUUCAGAUACAGUUGUCUCAUUGGCUGAGGGAGAAUCCCAAGCUGGAAACCAGCAUCACCAUGGCAACCCUGGAUGAGGAGCCAAUCAGCUUGCAGGAAUUUGUUGGUGACCUUAAUGUCUGGGAAAAACAAACAAAGAAGGUCAUAGAAUUUGUUCGAGAUAAUAUUCUUGAGAAAACUGCUGGGAAAAACUGAUAAAACUGACACAGGUUUUGCCUGUCAACUUUCAUGUCAGUCCAAGUUGCAAACUGUCUUCUCAUUGUGGUCCAUGCAUACAUUAUCAUACAUGUAUUUGUAUAUCCAAAGGGUGGAAAUUACUUGAUAUUUGUGUUUAACCAAAUUUUAACAGUUCUUUAGACAUAAUAGGAAAAUUGAACAAGUUUUAGAAUGUUUAAACCAUGUGAAUACUAGUAACACAAAUGAUCUUCCAACAUUUUCUAAAUAUACAUGAUAGAUGAUUAAGCUGUUUAGUCUUUACUUUUUUGAACCAUUAAACAGUAUAGUAUGUCAACAAACAUGGUGAUAUGUAUUAAAACAUACCAUUGUCAAUAAAAUGUAUUAGAUGACUGUAUAUAAUGAUAUUUGCAGUUUGUUCAACCAUAACAACGAGUAUUUUCAAAUACAUGACUUGAUGUAUUAACUGUUUUCCCUUGAUCUGUAUUGUCACAAGCUCAAAUAUAUUGUUUUUAAACCAAUGAAACAUUUUUGAGGUUGUAAAUUUGUUGAUUGUUGCAUGGAUUUUGUCCAUUUUUUAUAAUGUUAUAGCAUUAAAUAAAACAUUGUAGUAUUCUAUGUUUAAUAACCUCUGUCAUUCCCAUAGCUGGUAGUACUGCAAACUCUUUGUAUUUCAAGCACAUUUGUUUGAAUAUAUGUACAAUACAUGUAUGUAAGAAAAGAAGUAUGGGAUAUUAGUGCUUGAUUUCUACAGUGAGGAGUUUUAUCGUUAUUUAAAUCUGUGUUUUUUACUGACACAGAAUCUUACAAUUAUUUCAAACUUAAAUAUGUCAAAAUAUAAACAAAAUAGUUCUUUCAUCCAGUAAUUGUAUGAGAAUAUAUUAUUCCAUGUGAACUUCUCCAAAAUUCAAUCUUUAAACUGGCUUACAUGAAUUUAUUGUGGAAAUGCAGAAGUCAAAAUGAAACUGUUGUGUGAUUUCUUGUAGAUUGUUUAUUUAUUUAAUUUUACUACUAGUAUGUAGAUGUACAAUGGUAUGUGUUAGAAUUCAAAACUGUGAUAUGCUUUAUAGUGAUUUACACCUCAUAGUUAUGACAGCCUCAGAGGGGAUGCAUUGUUUUACAUUAUGGUUCACAAUUGAAUUCGUAAUUCAAUGUUAAAACCAAUGUCUGUGAUAUUUUGUAUGUUUUGUAGACUAUGCAUAAUUCUAGACUAUGCAUAAAUUGUAUUUCAAUUAAAUAUUCUGUGAAAUAAACAUGCUGUAUUUUCAGGGACAUUAUCCUUUUUCAGUUAAAAAGUCAGGAAACAAAUAAUGUAAGCUUAUUAUUUAUCUAUCCAUCACUCAGACUAUAUAUCUAUUUAUACAAAGCUCUUUGUGUUACAAACAUGAUACCUGUAUUUCAAGCAAUUUUCAGGUGCUCAAAAUAUCUAUUGCUUAAUGAUGUGUACUUUUGGAACAUCUGGUUGUAUACCCACUCUUAAAAGUGAAGAUGGAGUUUUUAUUAUAAUAUUUUAUUUGUUGUUGUAUAUUUGUGUUUGAUGUGUAUAUAUGUUUUUGUUCUAUAUGAUUAUGUGUAAAUCAUGUGUUUAUCUCUUUUCCUUAUUUAUAUGUACAUGUAUAUCAAGUGUUUAUUUCUUGUUUUGAUAUAUGUGGGACAUCAUUUGUAUAUCUCUUGCUGUUAUAUGUGUAUAUCAUGUGUAUAUCUCUUGCUGUUAUAUGUGUAUAUCAUGUGUAUAUCUCUUGCUGUUAUAUGUGUAUAUCAUGUGUAUAUCUCUUGUUGUUAUAUGUGUAUAUCAUGUGUAUAUCUGUUAUUGUUAUGUUUGUUGUUGUUGGACUAUGUGCAGUACUUCUUCUAUGUAGGAAUUUUAACACUUAUGUACAUGUAGCAUUAACUGAAAUAAAAGCUGCAGAAAUAAA